UGGACGCUUUAGAUUAAAACACAAAUACCUUUGGGCUACCUAGGAUUUAAUAGGCAGUAAUAAAAGCCCAAAAUACAGAGUUUUUACCUCAACAUGGAUGUUUUGACAUCCAGUUUUCGACAGUUUGGGCCGGCGUUAAUCGUGAUGAUUCUGAGGACAAAUGACUCGUCAAAUUCCACAAACAUCAGCCUUUGGGAAACAACACCAUCAAUUCGUACAACAAAUUCAAUGCCCGUAAAAGAUCAGAAGUAUUAUACAUUAUUUCUAUACAUCACAAAUAAUUCUCCAAGAGAAGCAACAGUGUUCAUAAAUUCCACUGGGUCUGGGGUCUUUAACCAUGUCCUUCACGUUAAACCACGGCCAUAUGGUUUUCGAUACCUUGAUGUAAAAUUCCUAUAUCCAGUAACUUUUGAUGUAUUCGCGAAAGAUAGCAAAAACGAGGAAGUGUUGACUUUGAAUGAAAAACAACGCUUGUCUAUCAGGGCUCGUAAACUGAAUUACAAGAUACCUUUUCGUAUUGAAAUUAAAACAUCCCCAUCUGUAAAAACAGAAGCAACAAACAACGAGACGUCCGGAUCCAUCGCAACUACUGUCAUUUCAAUGAAAACAAAUCCAACCAACAGGCAGACGACAAACACAUCUUUCGUCAUUUCAAUGAAAACAAAUCCAACCAACAGGCAGACGACAAACACAUCUUUCGAGCAAAUCAAUAUUUUCUCAACUAAAACUCCACCAGCUGAAAGUGGAAAUGCUAAUAACAAAGAUGAUGGGCACAAACUUAUGUUCCACAUCUCUGUCGGUGUCGGAUCUGUUUUUGCAACGUUACUUUUCUCACUGAUUAUUAUUUUGACUAGACGUUCUUUACGAAAAAGAAGUGCGAACAGAAAAAGAGUGGAUUACUGGACAAAAAUAAACAGAGCUUGUCAAAGUCAGUAUAUACCUAAUGAAGAGGUCUCGUCUAAUAAUCCUAUGUAUGAGGGAUCUCGGUCGAGAACAACAAGCAAUGUAUUGUACGCUGCUUCUGAACAAGAAAAUAUAACAUCCAUCGCCUCUGGCAAAAAUGAUUACGUUUUAAAUCCUUCAACUCAACAAUCAACGAAGCCAGACCUUGUCAUCAGCAAUUCUUGUCCUUUGUAUCAAAACGCCGAUGAUCUUUAUAGCGAGCCGCGAAAGAAUCAUAGAGUCGAGGAGGGCAACUAUGAACGCAUAAGAAGCUUCAUUCAUGAUGGAAACGGGGAGGUGAAAGAGAGUACAUGUUCAGGAUCGUACGCUGAACCAUCUGUUAUCUUCAAUGGAUUACAUAUUACUGAGAAUACUGGCUACGUUUCAGCUAAGUACCAGAGCAAUUGACGCUAUAUAUAACAAGUACAGGCAUCACUAUAUAUCUAUUACUCUACGAAAAAAGUAAUAUAGUUUUUGUAAUUGUACCGUUGAUGUGUAGCUGUAUAAGAAUACAGUUUCGUGAGAUGUGAGAUCUUAUUGGCUAAUUGUAUUUACUGAUUUUUACCAGUGUAAGUAUUUCACUUGGCAGUCUUCAGAUGCUAGCAUAAUCAUUCAAUAUUUUCUCUUCAUGAAUAUGUAUCAAACCAAUGAUGAUAAAAUAACUUAGAAAUGUAAAAAAAGUAUUCAACAAUUAAUAUAAUAAGGGAAAGAUGAAUAGAGUUAGUAAAUAAUAGCAAAGAACUAAUAAUUUGGCUUCCUUUUGUAUUUUCGUCAACGAUCG